ACUUUUCUCUUCUUCUUUUAGGGUCCACUGUGCUUUGAAGAUGUAGCUGUUCAUUUCACAGAUGAGGAGUGGGCAUUGCUGGAUCCUGACCAGAAAGCUCUGCAUAAGGAAGUCAUGGAGGAGAAUUGUAGGAUCAUGAACUCUCUCAGUGGUAAUGAAUUGGAAAUUAAAAAUGAGGGCGAUCAUAAUAAUGUCUACGCAGUGGAGAAGCGAUGUAAAUAUACAGAGUGUAGUGAGAACUUUAGUCAAAGCUGCCAUUCCACUUCCCUCCAAAUAAAUCCCAUUGGGAAGAAAUCCUAUCAGUGCUUACAAUGUGGAAAGAGCUUCACCCAGAAGGAAAGUCUCACCACCCAUCAACGAAUUCAUACAGGGGAGAAACCAUAUAAGUGUCUUGAAUGUGGUAAGAACUUCGCCUGGAAGGAAAGUCUCACCACCCAUCAAAGAAUUCAUACAGGGGAGAAACCAUAUCAAUGUUUGGAAUGUGGUAAAAACUUCGCCUGGAAGGAAAGUCUCACUUCCCAUCAAAGGAUUCAUACAGGGGAGAAACCAUAUCAAUGUUUGGAAUGUGGAAAGAGCUUCGCCUGGAAGGAAAGCCUCACCACCCAUCAAAGAAUUCAUACAGGGGAGAAACCAUAUCAAUGUUUGGAAUGUGGGAAGUGUUUCAGUCAGAGUGCCCAUCUCACUACCCAUCAAAGAAGUCAUAAAGGGGAGAAACCAUAUCAGUGUUUGGAAUGUGGGAAAAACUUUACCCAGAAAAAAAGUCUCAGAUCUCAUAUAAAAAUUCAUAAAGGGGAGAAACCAUAUCAGUGCUUGGAAUGUGGAAAGAGCUUCAGUCGGAAAGAAAGUCUCAUUUCCCAUCAGAGAAUUCAUACAGGGGAGAAACCAUAUCAGUGUUUGGAAUGUGGAAAGAGCUACAAUCAGAGAUCCAAUUUUAAGUCACAUCAAAGAAUUCAUACAGGGGAGAAGCCAUUUCAGUGUUUGGAAUGUGGGAAGAACUUCAGUCAUAGUGCUAUCCUUAAGACACAUCAAAGAGUUCAUACAGGGGAGAAGCCAUUUCAGUGUUUGGAAUGUGGAAAGAACUUCAGUCAGAAAUUAACUCUUAGUUUCCAUCAAAGAACUCAUACAGGGGAGAAACCAUAUCAGUGCUUAGAAUGUGGAAAGAGCUUUAGUCAGAGGACCAAUCUCACAGCCCAUCAAAGAAUUCAUACAGGAGAGAAACCAUAUCAGUGCUUGGAAUGUGGAAAGAGCUUCACCCAGAAGGAAAGUCUCACGAACCAUCAAAGAAUUCAUACAGGGGAAAAACCAUAUCAGUGCUUGGAAUGUGGAAAGAGCUUCACCCAGAGAUUAACUCUCACUUUUCAUCAAAGAAUUCAUACAGGUGAGAAACCAUAUCAGUGCUUGGAAUGUGGAAAGAGCUUUAGUCAGAAGCCCCAUCUCACAGCCCAUCAAAGAAUUCAUACAGGUGAGAAACCAUAUCAAUGCUUGGAAUGUGGAAAGAGCUUCACCCGGAAGGAAAGUCUCACUCCCCAUCAAAGAAUUCAUACAGGGGAAAAACCAUACCUGUGCUUGGAAUGUGGGAAAAGCUUUACCCAGAAAAGAAGUCUCAUGACCCAUCAAAGAAUUCAUGAAGGGAAGAAAUCAUUUCAGUGCUUGGAAUGUGGAAAGAGCUUCAGUCGGAAUUCCCAUCUCAGUUCCCACGUAAGAACUCACAGCGGAGAGAAACCUUAUCAGUGCAUGGAAUGUGGUAAGAACUUCGCUUGGAAGGAAAGUCUCACUUCCCAUCAAAGAAUUCAUACAGGGGAGAAACCAUAUCAGUGCUUUGAAUGUGGAAAGAGCUUCACCCAGAAGGAAAGUCUCACAGCCCAUCAAAGAAUACAUACAGGGGAGAAACCAUAUCAGUGCUUUGAAUGUGGAAAGAGGUUCAUUCAUAGCGCCAAGCUCACGACCCAUCAAAGAAUUCAUACAGGGCAAAAACCAUAUCAGUGCCUAGAAUGUGGAAAGAGGUUCAGUCAGAGUGCUCAUCUCACAACCCAUCAAAGAAUUCAUACAGGGGAGAAACCAUAUCAGUGUUUGGAAUGUGGAAAGAGAUUCAGCCAGAGAUCCAUUUUUAAGUCACAUCAAAGAAUUCAUACAGGGGAGAAACCAUAUCAGUGUUUGGAAUGUGGAAAGAGCUUCCGCCAGAGUGCUAUGCUUAAGACACAUCAAAGAGUUCAUACAGGGGAGAAAUCAUUUCAGUGUUUGGAAUGUGGGAAGAGCUUCACAAAGAAAUUAACUCUCACAUUCCAUCAAAGAAUUCAUACAGGUGAGAAACCGUAUCAGUGUUUGGAAUGUGGAAAGAGCUUCAUUCGGAAAUCCCAUCUCAGUUUCCAUAAAACAACUCACAGCAUGGAGAAACCAUAUCAGUGUAUGGAAUGUGGAAAGAGCUUUGCCUGGAAGGAAAGUCUCACAGCCCAUCAAAUAAUUCAUACAGGGGAAAAACCAUAUCAGUGCUUGGAAUGUGGAAAGAGCUUCACCCGGAAGGAAAGCUUCAUAGCACAUCAAAGAAUUCAUACAGGGGAGAAACCCUAUCGGUGCUUGGAAUGUGGAAAGAGCUUCAGUCGGUACUCCCAUCUCAGUUCCCAUCAAAGAACUCACAGCAAGGACAAACCAUAUCAGUGCAAGGAAUGUGGAAAGAGCUUUGCCUGGAAGGAAAGUCUCACUCCCCAUCAAAGAAUUCAUACGGGGGAGAAACCAUAUCAGUGCUUGGAAUGUGGAAAGAGCUUCACCCAGAAGGCAAGUCUGACUUCUCAUCAAAGAAUGCACACCAGUAGUAGUAGUAUUCACUUUAUCACGAGUGGUCAACUCCUCACCCUCAAGAAAAUACAGCUGACCAGGCAGCUGGGGAUACAGAAGAGAGAAAGCGAAGUAGAGGUCAAUUGCAAACGCUGCUCGCUGCUUUGUGGAGAAACAAUCGGUUUCAUCCACCAAGACCUUGAGUUUGCCGUAAUAGCGGACGAGCCUCGUGGGGCGUCCACAGCACAGUCUGGUCCUGUUGUGUUGGAUGAGUUUCAGUUCGAAAAGAUUAUCUUUGCAGAAAUGGGCCAGAAUUCCUCUCAGGCAGAGAGGACUCUGUUGGACACCAAAGAGAGGCCAAUGGAACAGUAG